ACUGUCAGUGUCAACUAAAUUGUUUAGCAUUUGCUUGCCUAGCUGAGCUAUCUAGCAAAUUAUUAAAAAAUAUAUUACUUGAAUGUGAAUUUAACCAUAUCUUUCAGCAAAUUACUAAAGCAGUUCCGUUCUUGUGUAAAAUAUUUACUUUAGUAGACUUGUGUAGCGAGAGCUGUUACUACAAGAGUAAUAUUUGGAAGUGACGCCCAAGCUUUAUUUUUUGUGCCAAAAGUAGACAAAUUGAAUAACAGUGAUUAAGAUAAUUAAUUAAGCAAAAUGGCUGAUAUACUUGAUAUAUUAGAGCUUGAGCAGCCUACCGCUGAGAUCAGUAGAGAUAGUAUAAUCCAUGGAGACAAAGUGAAAAAGAAGUAUGUGACGACCAAGGCUGUAAAGAGGCCUGAGGGAAUGCACAGAGAAGUGUUUGCAUUACUUUAUAAUGACAACAAGGACCUGCCACCUCUAUUACCCACUGAUACAGGAAAAGCAUACAAGCAAACAAAAGCCAAGCUUGGUAUGAGAAAAGUAAGGAAGUGGGUUUGGGCACCGUUUACGAAUCCAGCUCGCACUGAUAAUGCUGUUUUCCACCACUGGAAGCGAGCAUCUGAUGAAGCUAAGGAGUAUCCAUUUGCACAGUUUAAUAAGCAAGUCUCAAUACCGUCCUACACUGAAUCAGAGUACAAUCAGUAUUUAAAAUCAGAAGACUGGAGUCAGUCUGAAACUGAUCAUCUUAUGGACUUGUGCCAAAGAUUUGAUCUGCGCUUCAUUGUCAUACAUGACCGAUGGGACAGGGCAGCUUUCAGAGACCGUAGUGUGGAGGACUUGAAAGAACGGUACUACGGAAUCUGUACCACAUUGAGCAAAGUCAAAACAAAUCUUUGGUCUAAUACUGUAACAAUGGUGAAUGGAGAGAAAAGGAUUUAUCACUAUGAUGCUGAACAUGAGAGGAAGAGGAAGGAACAGCUCAGGAGACUGUUUGAUAGAACACAAGAUCAGAUUGAUGAGGAACAAAUGCUCUUAACUGAGUUGAAGAAGAUUGAGGCCAGAAAACGCGAGAGAGAAAGAAAGACUCAAGAUUUACAAAAGUUGAUAUCUAGAGCUGAUAGUGGGAAUGUCCCGCCCGUAGCUCAAGUGAACAAUAACAAUGAGGGUACCAGUACACCUUCUAAUACUGCGUCCAGUAUUGCCAGGCGUCAUGACAGGAAAUUACAUAAGAAGAAACUGACUGCUCAGCAAAGACCUGUGAGAACAGUGGAAAGUGUUACUGUGGAAUGGUCAGGUAUCAAGUUCCCUGAAGCGCGCGGUACUGGCGUUUGGUUGCGUUCACAACGCAUGAAGCUCCCCCCUGGUGUUGGACAAAGGAAGACUAAAGCUAUCGAGCAGGAACUCAGACUUAUGAAUAUUGAUAUUGCUCCAACACCUACUGAGGCUAUUUGCAAGCAUUUCAACGAGCUGCGGUCAGAUCUUGCUCUUGCUCUGGACUUGAAGAACGCACUAGCUUCAUGUGAAUUUGAAUUGCAAGCUUUGAGACAUCAGUAUGAAGCUCUCAAUCCAGGAAAGACACUAACAAUCCCAGCAUCUAUAUGCAACAUAGUGGCUGACAAUGAAACUAAACCAGUUGGUGAAAUUAUUGACGUUGUUGGGUCACCUAGUGCAAUGAACACAACCAUCUAGUAUUAUAUUCUUAGUUCCAAGGAUGGACCUAUACUCUGUUUGAGCAGACUUAACUAAAGGGAAACAACCUUGAUAGAACUAUAUAAAUAAAUACAUUUUAAACAA